AUGGACUCUCAGGACUGCCCUUGUGCCACAGGUGGCACCUGCACUUGCGGGGACAACUGCAAAUGCAAAAACUGCAAAUGCACAUCGUGCAAAAAAGGCUGCUGCUCCUGCUGCCCAGCUGGAUGUGCCAAGUGUGCACAAGGCUGCGUCUGCAAGGGGCCACCCUCUGCCAAGUGCAGCUGCUGCAAAUAG